AUGGAUCAAGGGGAGGGCUACGCAAAGUGGGGUGCCAAUAUGGUGGCACAUGGCGAGGAUGGCGAAGCAGAGAUACGGAUUGUGACGGCACAGGCACAGAUCGAUGGAGAGACCAGGCUCCGACAAGACGAUGUCGGCAGCGAACAGGCAGCGUCGUCGCUAUCGCCCUCGACCGCGAUACCGACUGGAGAGAACCUAAAGGCGCUCGGCGAUCUCGUACUUGUGCUCGGGGAAGACAACGGCAAAGCCGUCGGCGUCAAGAGCUACCUCGUCGAGCGACGCAUGCUUGCCACCAACCUCGGAACCGUCCUUGAGUACCUUAGUUGGGCGCGUGUGGUAGCCGAGACCGAGACGACGGCCAGUCUCCUUCGCGGUGGCGAGCUAGUCACUGGUAACCAUCUUGACCUUGACACAGAGGGAUCGCACGAAACCGCUAGUCUCACCGUCGAAGUCAUCGCCCUCAACCUCCUCACUGGUCAUACCCUUGGUAACACGAUGAGCCGCAGGCGCUUGAAUUCCAGCUCAGCCAUCGAGUACGAUGAGGUCAGUACAUCCGGCGACUCGGAUGUACUGGGCCUCGUCGAUUACUCGAUGACCCGCUUGGUGGUCUUGGCGGUCAAGGUCGUGCGCGCACGCGAGGUUGGUUCCUCGUACGUGCGGCGGGUACCCAACGUGUAG